CUGGACAAACUAUGAACAGCAAAAAUCCAUCGAUCGAUCCUCCACCAUAAUAUCGUAGCGUUGUGAAACAUUAAAAUAAUCAUGCAUUCGAAUUCCUUCAAGCUCAUCUUCCUUUGUACCCUUGUUAUUUUGUUCAAUUUCCCAACUACUAAAGCACAGGAGUCCCACGAUUAUCUUAACCAAAUGUGCAGUGAAAGCGAAAUCCCUGCCAACAGCACCUAUGAAAAGAACCUGAGGACUCUCUUCUCUUCCUUAUCUUCGAAGGCAACCGCCAAAACAUUCUUCUACGACACAGUGGUGGGCAGAAACUCCUUUGACACGGUGUAUGGUAUGUUCAUGUGCAGGGGUGAUGUACCCUCUCAACUCUGUGGGCAGUGUGUGGUAAAUGCAACCCACACCCGAGAUUCAGAGCCAGGUUGUUCCAGGUCCAUAUGGGAUGUGAUUUGGUACGAGGAGUGCAUGGUUCGGUAUUCCAACGUCCCUUUCUACUCCAAAGUGGCCACACAUCCCUUCUGUUACAAGUGGAGCUUGGCCAAUAUCUCCUACAACCCAGAAAGUUUCAUGAGUUUGUUGUACAACACCAUGAACCAUACUGCACAUGAAGCAGCCAUUUCUGGUAACAUGUACUCCACAAAGCAAGCAAACUAUUCUAAUUCUGAGACCCUAUACUGUCUGGCUCAGUGCACACAAGACCUCUCACCCCAAAACUGCACAGCCUGUCUUACUCAAGCAAUAGAGUACCUCCCCAACUGCUGUGAAGGAAAGCAAGGAGGUAGAGUUUUGUUUCCCAGUUGUAACAUUAGGUAUGAAUUGUACCCUUUCUUCCGCAAUGUCACGGAUGAGGCACUACCAGAAGGAAUUGUUCCUGAGACAAAAUAUUCACACACGGAUUCAGAAUAUUCAGAAGAUCCUGGCUAUAUUUCUCACAACUGCUCAACCGACCAAAUCAUUAACGAUACUGCUUUCGAAUCAAACCUCAAGACCCUCUUCUCUGAUUUGACUUCCAACGCCACCAGUGGCAACAGAAACAGCAAAAGAGCGGGAGCGGGAACACUGCAAGGCUUCUUCACGUGUCGUGUCGACCUUUCUCGUACCCUUUGUGGAGAAUGCGUCCAAAACGCAACGGAGAAAAUAUUCUCCGCGUGUGGUUUGGCUGCGGAGGGUGUGAUUUGGUACAAUCACUGCUGGCUUCGCUAUUCAAAUCGAUCCUUUGCCAUGGAAACAAGUCCCAGCUAUGUGGAUCUGAAUGUCACCGACACCUAUAAUCAGGUGCAAUAUUCCUCUCAUGCUUUGACAUUGAUAUCCAAUAAAUUAGCUGCAAUGGCGGAUGGCACGGGCCAAAUUCUUGACAAAUAUCAAAGUGGAACAUUGAUAUUGAAUAAUAAACAAAGGGUGUAUAUUCUUGCUCAGUGUGCAUUGGAUCUAUCUAGUGAAGAUUGUGGUGCCUGCCUAAGUGAUAUGGUUGGAUCAGCAAUUCCAUGGACUCGUUUGGGAACCCUAGGUGGCAGAGUUCUGUAUCCUACCUGUAUUCUCCGCUUUGAACUGUUCCAGUUUUACGAUCUGAUUCCCACCACAGCAAUCACUCAUCCACUUCUACUAGCACCAGCAUCAGGAAAAGGUCGAUCACGAACUAUUAUCUUGAUCCUUACCUCCGCCAUCAUUGUUUUGGGGGUACUUUUCACCUUUUGCUACUAUUUGAUUCGAAGAAAAGCAAGGAAUAAUAAAACUAUUCUCAGAGAAAACUUUGGACAUGAAAGUUCCACCAUAGAGUCAUUGCAAUUCAAUUUGCCAACAAUUGUAGCAGCUACAAACAACUUUUCAUAUGAGAACAAGAUUGGCAAAGGAGGAUUUGGGGAAGUUUAUAAGGGCAUUCUUAGUGAUGAAAGACCAAUAGCAGUAAAGAGGCUCUCAAGAACUUCAAAGCAAGGUGUAGAGGAGUUUAAAAAUGAGGUUUUGUUGAUAGCCAAACUUCAACACAGAAAUUUAGUGACAUUUAUUGGAUUUUGUCUUGAAGAGCAAGAGAAAAUACUUAUAUAUGAAUACGUGCCAAACAAGAGUCUGGACUACUUCUUAUUUGAUACUAAACUAGAAAAGAUUUUGACUUGGUCUGAGCGUCACAAAAUCAUAGAAGGAAUUGCUCGAGGAAUUCUAUAUUUACACGAAUAUUCUCGACUUAAAAUUAUACAUCGUGAUCUUAAACCUAGUAAUGUACUAUUAGACAAAAAUAUGAAUCCAAAGAUUUCAGAUUUUGGACUUGCUAAAAUUGUUGAACUAGAUCAACAAGAAGGAAGUACAAAUAGAAUUAUUGGAACAUACGGCUUUAUGGCUCCAGAGUAUGCUAUGUUUGGACAAUUUUCUGAGAAAUCGGAUGUAUACAGUUUUGGAGUUAUGGUUCUCGAGAUUAUUAGUGGGAAAAAGAAUAUAAGUUCAUAUGAACCACGUCGUGUUGUUGAUGAUGGCCUUUUAAAAUUUUUCUGGAGACAUUGGAGGGAUGAAACACCAUUCAACACAUUAGACGAAAAAUUAAAGGAAAGUUAUUCUGAAAUUGAAGUCAUCAAAUGCAUUCAAAUUGGUUUAUUAUGUGUUCAAGAAGAUCCAAAUGCUAGACCAACAAUGAUGUCAAUUGUCUCAUAUCUCAAUAAUCACUCGAUUGAGUUGCCAACUCCACAUGAACCAACCUUUUUCUUAUACAAUAGAAUGGAUCCAAUUGCCUAUGAAUCAAAUUCAGGGCAAUCUUCCAACAGUUUCAUAUCAUCCUCUAUCAAUGAAAUGUCUAUAAGUACAUUCUACCCUAGAUUGGCUAUAGCAGAAAACAAAGGUGGAUGGAGUGCUCUUAGUAACCACUCUUUGGAGUAUCUGGUUAUCAGGAAUGAUGAACUCAACAUUAAAAUAAUCAUGCAUUCGAAUUCCUUCAAGCUCAUCUUCCUUUUUACCCUUAUUAUUUUGUUCAAUUUCCCAACUACUAAAGCACAGGAGUCCCACGAUUAUCUUAACCAACUGUGCAGUGACAGCCAAACCCCUGCCAACAGCACCUAUGAAAAGAACCUGAGGACUCUCUUAUCUUCCUUAUCUUCGAAGGCAACCGCCAAAACAUUCUUCUACGACACAGUGGUGGGCAGAAACUCCUUUGACACGGUGUAUGGUAUGUUCAUGUGCAGGGGUGAUGUACCCUCUCAACUCUGUGGGCAGUGUGUGGUAAAUGCAACCCACAUCAAAUAUUCAGAGCCAGAUUGUUCCAGGUCCAUAUGGGAUGUGAUUUGGUACGAGGAGUGCAUGGUUCGGUAUUCCAACGUCUCUUUCUUCUCCAAAGUGGCCACACAUCCCUUCGGUUACGAGUCGAGCUUGGCCAAUAUCUCCUCCAACCCAGCAAGUUUCAUGAGUUUGUUGUACAACACCAUGAACCAAACUGCACAUGAAGCAGCCAUUUCUGGUAACAUGUACUCCACAAAGCAAGCAAACUAUUCUAAUUCUGAGACCCUAUACUGUCUGGCUCAGUGCACACAAGACCUCUCACCCCAAAACUGCACAGCCUGUCUUACUCAAGCAAUAGAGUACCUCCCAGACUGCUGUGAAGGAAAGCAAGGAGGUAGAGUUGUGUUUCCCAGUUGUAACAUUAGGUUUGAAUUGUACCCUUUCUUCCGCAAUGUCACGGAUGAGGCACUACCAGAAGGAAUUGUUCCUGAGACAAAAUAUUCACACACGGAUUCAGAAUAUUCAGAAGAUCCUGGCUAUAUUUCUCACAACUGCUCAACCGACCAAAUCAUUAACGAUACUGCUUUCGAAUCAAACCUCAAGACCCUCUUCUCUGACUUGACUUCCAACGCCACCAGUGGCAACAGAAACAGAAAAAAAGCGGGAACACUGCAAGGCUUCUUCACGUGUCGUGUCGACCUUUCUCGUACCCUUUGUGGAGAAUGCGUCCAAAACGCAACGGAGAAAAUAUUCUCCACGUGUGGUUUGGCUGCGGAGGGUGUGAUUUGGUACAAUCACUGCUGGCUUCGCUAUUCAAAUCGAUCCUUUGCCAUGGAAACAAGUCCCAGCUAUGUGGAUCUGAAUGUCACCGACACCGAUAAUCGGGUGCAAUAUUCCUCUCAUGCUUUGACAUUGAUAUCCAAUAAAUUAGCUGCAAUGGCGGAUGGCACGGGCCAAAUUCUUGACAAAUAUCAAAAUGGAACAUUGAUAUUGAAUAAUAAACAAAGGGUUUAUAUUCUUGCUCAGUGUGCAUUGGAUCUAACUAGUGAUGAUUGCAGUGCCUGCCUAAGUGAUAUGAUUGGAUCAGCAAUUCCAUGGACUCGUUUGGGAAGCCUAGGUGGCAGAGUUCUGUAUCCUACCUGUAUUCUCCGCUUUGAAUUGUUCCAGUUUUACGAUCUGAUUCCCACCACAGCAAUUACUCAUCCACUUCUACUAGCACCAGCAUCAGGAAAAGGUCGAUCACGAACUAUUAUCUUGAUCCUUACCUCCGCCAUCAUUGUUUUGGGGGUACUUUUCACCUUUUGCUACUAUUCGAUUAGAAGAAAAGCAAGGAAUAAUAAAACUAUUCUCAGAGAAAACUUUGGACAUGAAAGUUCCUCCAUAGAGUCAUUGCAAUUCAAUUUGCCAACAAUUGUAGCAGCUACAAACAACUUUUCAUAUGAGAACAAGAUUGGCAAAGGAGGAUUUGGGGAAGUUUAUAAGGGCAUUCUUAGUGAUGGAAGACCAAUAGCAGUAAAGAGGCUCUCAAGAACUUCAAAGCAAGGUGUAGAGGAGUUUAAAAAUGAGGUUUUGUUGAUAGCCAAACUUCAACACAGAAAUUUAGUGACAUUUAUUGGAUUUUGUCUUGAAGAGCAAGAGAAAAUACUUAUAUAUGAAUUCGUGCCAAACAAGAGUCUCGACUACUUCUUAUUUGAUACUAAACUAGAAAAGGUUUUGACUUGGUCUGAGCGUUACAAAAUCAUAGAAGGAAUUGCUCGAGGAAUUCUAUAUUUACACGAAUAUUCUCGACUUAAAAUUAUACAUCGUGAUCUUAAACCUAGUAAUGUACUAUUAGACAAAAAUAUGAAUCCAAAGAUUUCAGAUUUUGGACUAGCUAAAAUUGUUGAACUAGAUCAACAAGAAGGAAGUACAAAUAGAAUUAUUGGAACAUACGGCUUUAUGGCUCCAGAGUAUGCUAUGUUUGGACAAUUUUCUGAGAAAUCGGAUGUAUACAGUUUUGGAGUUAUGGUUCUCGAGAUUAUUAGUGGGAAAAAGAAUAUAAGUUCAUAUGAACCACGUCGUGUUGUUGAUGAUGGCCUUUUAAAAUUUUUCUGGAGACAUUGGAGGGAUGAAACACCAUUCAACACAUUAGACGAAAAAUUAAAGGAAAGUUAUUCUGAAAUUGAAGUCAUCAAAUGCAUUCAAAUUGGUUUAUUAUGUGUUCAAGAAGAUCCAAAUGCUAGACCAACAAUGAUGUCAAUUGUCUCAUAUCUCAAUAAUCACUCGAUUGAGUUGCCAACUCCACAUGAACCAACCUUUUUCUUAUACAAUAGAAUGGAUCCAAUUGCCUAUGAAUCAAAUUCAGGGCAAUCUUCCAACAGUUUCAUAUCAUCCUCUAUCAAUGAAAUGUCUAUAAGUACAUUCUACCCUAGAUAAUUCAUUUUUGUAUAUCAUUAUCUGUCAUGCAUGUUUUAAUUUAUUAUAAAACCUUAUAUGGGACUUAAUUAUGUCAUAGAGGUCAAAAUAUGAAGUAUGUUUUAUGAUGUUGGUUUUCUCAAAAUGUGUAAAGCUUUUGGACUUCAACUCUAGUCUUUACUACUGGUUGGUUGUACCUUAUGUAUUAAGACGUUUUUAUGUUGACCUAUGACAUGUCUUAUGCGCUUAGCUUAA